AUAGUCGGAAUUGCAACGGCGGUGGCACCGGAGGUAGGUUUCGAUAACUUGCAGAAGAGGCUUCGGAAACUUUGAUUUCUGUCCCAUUCCAAAAUUCUUCUCUUUACUUCUUCUCGAAACUACCGUCUCCCAAACUCAACGACCUUCUACCAAAUCCCUCUCACCACCUAUAGCCCAUAACCCAUUUCUCUCUUUCUUCCAUGAGCUCCACAUUUGCUUCCAUCUCUUCACCUUCUUCUUCAUCUUUUUCAUCCAUCUUCAAUUUCAAUCCAUCUAAUUCUAAAAUGGUCUCAUUCUCGAACAAUCUUCGUUUUGCUGCUCCCCUUUCUCGCAGUUCCGUUUCUGUGCAUCCGUUUAGGGUUAGGGCUUCCUCUGUUCCCGUUCCCGUUCCCAGGACCCACCACCCUGUUGUUCAUUGUCUCCGCAACUACGCCAAAGCUGCGAUUCUCAUUGGUGCUGCCGCCACCAUGGUUGGGAAGUUCUCGAAUUUGCCUGCCAGAGCUGAAUCGUCUGCGGUGGUGGCUGAGGAAGCUUCAAGAGUGGAGGAAACCACCUCCGAUCAUCGGAUUUUUGAGGAUUCAGACCAGGACGGGAGGCAAUCCUCGCCGUUAAAUGACUUUCUCGAAUCGAAUUCUGAGGCUGUCGAGGCCCUCAAAUCUCUCCUACAGCAAAAGCUUGAAAAUGGUGAGGAUGAAGAAGCGCUAAAAAUUUUGAAGCAAUUGGUAUCUGCUCUGCCGUCAGUGACUGAGUGGAAAUUUCUGAUGGCUAGGUUGCUUGGGGAAAUGGGCAAAACGGAACAUGCAAGAGAAGUUUUUGAAGAGAUUUUGGCUGUCAAUCCAUUGUCUUUCGAAGCAUUGUUUGAAAACGCAUUGUUAAUGGAUCGUUGUGGGGAAGGGGAAGCUGUGAUUCGGCGAUUGGAAGAAGCUUUGAGAAUCGCUGAGAACGAAAACAAAGCUAAGGAAGCCAGAGAUGUGAAGUUGAUAAUGGCUCAAAUACAAUUCUUGCAGAAGAAUGUUGAGGAAGCCUUGAAAAGUUACAAAGAAUUGGUGAAGGAAGAUCCAAGUGACUUUAGGCCUUACUUCUGUCAAGGAAUGAUCUACAGCUUGCUUGAUAAGAAUAUAGAGGCCAAACAGCAAUUUGCCAAAUACAGGGAGCUCUCACCAAAGAAAUUUGAGGUUGAUGGGUAUCUAAGAACUCCAUUGUCAAGGAUGAAAAUCUUUGGAUCAGAUGAAAACUAAAGUUUUGAUUGAGUGUACCUUCUCUUCCUCUUCACAAUCAUCAGAUAAGAGGGCUCUGAGUAAGUAAACUUAAAGUUUUGCUGAUUUUUGUUAUCUUAGUCUUACUUUGAUCUGCCUUCUGCAUGUAGUUCAUUUGCGGGAUAGAAUCUUUAAAUAACUUUUCCUAAUAUGCAUUUGUUUUGAUGACAUUAGACUACUCAUAAAAUUAGUUGGAAACUUGGAGUAAAUGCAGAUAGGCUGUUUGUAGCUUUAUUAUGUUGCAAUUUGACUUGUGUACUUCAAAUCAAUUAAUAAUAUCCAUAAUACAUUUGUAGUGCUA